UUACUCCCCCUAUAAAGGACAAGCUGUUCUCUCCACUGGGCCGCAUUAAUAACCCACCUCCAAUCUUUAUAAUGACUGAGAAUGGCUAUGAGGAUAACACUGCCUUUCUUGGGGAAUGGGGACCGUUCCAACAGAUGGUGUUCUUUCUCUUAUGUUUGAGUAUCAUCCCUAACGGCUUUACAGGUAUGUCUAUUGUGUUCAUCGGUGAUACACCAUCCCACCAUUGCCUCAUACCCGCAAAUGCGAACAUUACUGGCGAAUGGAGAAAUCACAGUAUUCCUUUGGAGGAGGAAAGCGGGACUGUUGUGCUCAGUAAAUGCGCCAGAUACAAACUCGAUGUCAUAAAGAGUUUCUCAGAAAGAGGUUAUGUCCCAGGGAUCGAUGUCAACGUUUCUGAAAUACAACACGAGACCUGUUUGGAUGGCUGGGAAUACGAUCGGGGGACGUACAUCUCCACUAUUGUGUCCGAGUGGGACCUGGUGUGUGCUGAUAAGUGGAAGAACCCUUUGACUUCUUCUGUCUUCUUCUGUGGUGUCCUCACAGGCUCCUUCCUCUCUGGCCAGCUCUCUGACAGGUUUGGGAGGAAACAUGUUCUCUUUGCCACCAUGGGAGUUCAGACUGUGUUCACAUUUAUCCAGGUCUUCUCUCCAACCUGGGUUGUAUUCUGUGCCUUAUUCUUUGUUGUCGGGAUGGGGCAAAUCUCAAAUUAUGUGGCUGCAUUUGUGCUAGGAACUGAAAUUUUAUCUCCAUCCAAACGGAUAAUCUACUCCACUCUUGGAGUUUGUAUGUUCUACACCAUUGGCUACACGCUCCUUCCAGCAGUGGCCUUCUUCAUCAGAGACUGGAGGAUGCUGAUGCUAGCCCUCACCCUCCCAGGCUUCCUUUAUGUCCCUUUUUGGUGGUUCAUCCCAGAGUCUCCCAGAUGGCUGCUCUCUCAGGGAAGAGUGGAGGAGGCUGAGGCCAUACUGAGAGAUGCUGCCAGGAGGAACAGAGUCACAGCACCAGAGGUCAUCUUCCAGCCUGUACAGUUAGAGCCCAAGGCUGGGAAGUUGGUGGCCCACAACAUCUGUGAUCUGGUGAGGUCCAGCAACAUCCGUUGGGUGUCCAUCACGCUGUGGCUGGUCUGGACCAUUCUGUCCAUCGGGUACUUUGCCUUGUCACUGAACACGUCCAACCUGGCAGGGAGCUCCUAUCUGAACUGUUUUCUGUCAGCUGCCAUUGAGGUCCCUGCCUAUACCAUGGCCUGGCUCAUGUUCCGCUGCUGCCCCCGGCGCCUGUGUCUCUUCUCCACUCUGUUUCUGGGUGGGGUGGUGCUGCUCUGCAUAAACCUCAUACCACCAAAUCUGAGCUCUGUGUCCACUGCACUAGAGAUGCUGGGGAAGUUUGGUGUGACUGCAGCUUUUUCCAUCGUGUACGCCUACACGGCUGAGCUCUACCCCACUGUCGUGAGGAACACAGCCAUAGGGGCCUGUUCCAUGGCCUCCAGAGUGGGGAGCAUCUCUGCCCCAUACUUCAUCUAUCUGGGAGGCUAUUCCAAGUCGCUGCCAUACAUUCUAAUGGGGAGUCUUACAGCUCUGUCUGGGUUGCUUAGCCUCCUGCUGCCUGAGAGCCAUCGUAUGCCUCUUCCAGACACCAUCACUCACAUGCAGACCUUCCCAGGAUGGAAAAAGAGAUCAGUGUAUAAACUGAGCCAAUCUACAGGAGAGGAAGAUGUGUCCGAUACUUUGUGACAGCUACUGGACACCUCAGUUGUUCUUUCAACAUGUACUUGUAUUACCACAUUGUGUAACUAACCAAGAUGCUUAUAAAGCACUUUUUCUAUGCAUUUUAUAUGUGCGAAGUAUCAGUAUUGUUUUGCAUAUUUUGUACUUACAGUUGAAGUCGGAAGUUUACAUACACCUUAGCCAAAUACAUUUAAACUCAGUUUUUCACAAUUCCUGACUUUUAAUCCUUGUAAAAAUUCCCUGUCUUAGGCCAGUUAGGAUCACCACUUAAUUGUAAGAAUGUGAAAUGUCAGAAUAAUAGUAGAGAGAAUGAUUUAUUUCAGCUUUUACUUCUUUCAUUGCAUUCCCAG